AUGUCGGACCCUCAAGAUCAGGAGCGUAGUGCGGAAGGCACCCCUCGGCGGCCCAGGGCGCCUACAAUAACGAUUGACACCACGAACGAUAGCGAGCCAACGUCAAACGUAAUCCCCCAUUCGCCAGUAUCAGCCGCCGAUGAAACAAUAAGCCCUACCACUCUUGCCGCCAGCUGGACAUCGUCUGAAAGGACGCACUAUCCAGCAGGCUCACAACCACCUAGUUCGGCCUCCCACCAUGAAAUCCGAGCUUCACACUCGUUCGACAGCAAAGACAGCAGGCCGACUAGCCCGCACAACGUGUCCAGUCCUGUAACAUCACGCGGAGUAGAGAAAGGCCAGGCUUUCUUAGCAGUUCCCACCAAUCACCGAUCGCGUCAGAACUCCAUGGAUAGUGAGGAUGGAUCACGAUCGAUUUCUUCGCAGGGCGACUCGGUUUCGGAAAAAGGCCCUUCGAGGUCAAAAUACGAUAAUGACCAGAUCAUGAAGGACAAAGAUGCUUUAAAGCCUGACAAGGGCCGAGAGGAGGAUUUCCAGGUUGAGGAUAACCCGUUUGCCUAUAGUCCUGGACAGUUGACCAAAAUGUUCAAUCCCAAGAGUUUGGCUGCAUUCUACCAACUGGGUGGUCUUCGAGGAUUAGAGAAAGGACUUCGAAGUGAUCGGGCAGCAGGUUUGGGCAUGGAUGAAAGAAACCUCGAUGGCAAAGUGUCGUUCGAAGAAGCAACCAAACAUGAAUCUUCCAAACUGGUAAACGAAGGACUUGCUAGUCCUGACACACCAGUAACGACUACACCACAUGGCUCUCAGCACGUAUCUAGUGGCCCAUUCGCCGAUAGGAAACGGGUCUUCAGCGACAACCGGUUACCUGAAAAGAAAGGCAAAAGUUUUCUGCAGCUGGUCUGGAUCACCUAUAAUGACAAGGUUCUCAUUCUUCUCACAGUAGCUGCAAUCGUCUCCCUAGCCAUUGGUCUGUACCAAACGUUUGGACAAAAGCACGAUGCAUCAAAUCCCGGUGUUGAAUGGAUCGAAGGCGUGGCUAUCAUCGUUGCUAUUGUUAUUGUCGUUCUCGUGGGAUCGCUGAACGACUGGCAGAAGGAGAGACAAUUUGCGAAAUUGAACAAGAAAAAGCAAGAUCGCCUCGUAAAGGUCAUACGCUCGGGCAAGACUGCCGAAAUUUCGGUUUUCGAUUUGAUGAGUGGGGAUGUACUUCAUCUCGAGCCUGGUGAUCUAAUACCCGUUGACGGUGUUCUAAUUAAGGGGUAUAAUGUCAAGUGUGAUGAAUCGCAAGCUACUGGGGAAUCAGACGUCAUACGAAAGCGCCCAGCUGAUGAGGUCUAUGCGGCAAUCGAGAGGGGCGAGGAUCCCAAAAAGUUGGACCCUUUCAUCCAGUCUGGUGGCCGGGUUAUGGAAGGUGUAGGGACCUUUAUGGUCACGUCCACUGGUGUCUAUUCAAGCUACGGGAGAACUCUUAUGUCUCUAAACGAAGAUCCCGAAAUCACGCCUCUACAGUCCAAGCUCAAUGUUGUUGCCGAAUAUAUAGCAAAGCUUGGAGGUGCUGCCGGUCUUGUUCUGUUUGCAGUUCUUUUUAUCGAGUUCCUUGUUCGUCUACGUGGGAGCGACGCAACGCCAUCUCAAAAAGGCCAACAGUUUAUUAACAUUUUUAUUGUUGUGGUCACAAUCAUAGUCGUUGCUGUACCGGAAGGGCUUCCACUAGCCGUCACGCUAGCAUUGGCAUUUGCAACCACUAGAAUGCUCAGGGACAACAACUUGGUUCGCCAUUUGAAAGCAUGUGAAGUUAUGGGAAAUGCAACAACAAUCUGCUCAGAUAAGACGGGAACAUUGACCCAGAAUCAAAUGAAGGUUGUCGCAGGAACGGUUGGCACGAAUCACCGGUUCAAAAACAGCAACCCUGAAACUGAUGAAGCAGAUUUGACGGAGAAGGAAUUUGCCACAGCUCUUAGCCAAAAUACUCAAGAGCUGCUCCUAAAAUCUAUCUCAUUGAAUUCAACAGCUUUUGAAGGCGAAGCGAAUGGCGAGAAGACAUUCAUUGGAUCCAAAACGGAGACUGCUCUUUUGCUUUAUGCUAGGGACUACUUAGGCAUGGGACCCAUCAGUGAGGAACGGGCAAAUGCUACUAUUCUACAGAUGAUUCCAUUCGAUUCUGGUCGGAAAUGCAUGGGAGUUGUGGCCCAGCUCAGCAAUGGUGCGGCUCGACUAUACGUUAAAGGUGCUUCAGAGAUACUGUUAGCCAAGUGCUCAGAAUUCCUCGCAGACCCUACAAAAGAUCUAUCGAAAUCUCCCAUGACAGCCGAAACAGUCGAAACCAUCAAGGGUCUGAUCGAAAGCUAUGCCUCAAGGUCACUGAGAACAAUUGGGAUUGUUUAUCGUGACUUUGAAAGAUGGCCUCCACGGAAUGUGAAGCGUAUCGAAGGCGACGGAAAUCAAGUGGUUUUUGAAGACAUUUUCAACAAAAUGACCUUCAUCGGUAUGGUAGGCAUUCAAGAUCCUCUCCGCAAUGGCGUUCCCGACGCAGUAAAAGAAUGCCAAAGGGCGGGAGUUGUUGUUCGUAUGGUGACUGGUGACAACAAACUCACAGCCCAAGCUAUCGCCAAGGAAUGUGGCAUUUUACAGCCAGAUGGGAUAGUUAUGGAGGGACCCGAAUUCCGUAACCUGAGCAAACUAUCGCAGAACGAGAUCAUCCCGCGACUCCAAGUUUUAGCUCGGUCUAGCCCGGAAGACAAGCGGAUCCUUGUGCGUCGUCUGAAAGAUAUGGGAGAUGUUGUUGCUGUGACUGGUGACGGAACGAAUGAUGCACCUGCUCUAAAACUUGCCGAUGUCGGUUUUUCCAUGGGCAUUGCUGGUACUGAAGUAGCCAAGGAGGCUUCUGCUAUUAUUCUUAUGGACGAUAACUUCACCAGUAUUGUGAAAGCACUGAAAUGGGGUCGUGCCGUGAACGAUGCUGUGAAGAGGUUUCUUCAAUUCCAGUUGACGGUCAACGUUACCGCCGUCGCGCUCACGUUUGUUACCGCCGUCUCCAGUGAUGACGAAAGCUCUGUGCUAACAGCCGUGCAACUUCUUUGGGUUAAUCUCAUCAUGGACACUCUGGCAGCACUCGCUCUCGCCACAGAUCCUCCCCAGGACAGUGUAAUCGACCGUAAACCAGAACCGAGGAAUGCUAGCAUCAUCUCUAUUACCAUGUGGAAGAUGAUUAUUGGACAAGCUUUAUAUCAACUCGCAGUCACUUUUGUACUGUAUUAUGGAGCAUAUGCCAUCGGCAUCGCAGCAAGGGAAGAUGAGACCAUGGUGUUGUCUACUAGGCGGGAUACCCUCGUGUUCAAUACCUUUGUGUGGAUGCAAAUCUUUAAUCAAUGGAAUAAUCGUCGCUUAGACAACCGAUUUAACAUUUUCGAGGGCAUAACCAAAAAUUAUUUCUUCUUAGGGAUCAAUAUUAUUGUCAUUGGGCUGCAGGUUCUUAUCAUCUUUGUCGGCAGUACACCAUUCAACAUCUCGCUUCUUAAACCAUCCCAGACUGGUCCACAAUGGGCAACAGCCAUCGUGUUGGGUUUUUUGUCAAUUCCCGUUGGCAUGCUCAUCCGUCUUAUUCCCGAUGAGCUCAUAGAAAAGUGUAUCCCCAAGUAUUUCAAACGGAAGCCUUCACCACCUGGGCUCAUGGUCUCUGAUGAAGAACGAUUCAACGACUACCCAGACGUAUUUACUGAUGUCCGGGAUGAGCUCGCAUUCCUCAAGAAACUCAAGGGUGGUCGUCUCAAUAAUCUGAAGUUCGCUGUACAACAUCCUCGUGAGACAUUCAUGGCGAGAACGAGGAGCCCGUCUCAUUCUCGAUCCAACUCCAUUCGUGCUCCAGGCACUCCGAUUCAAGAGGACAGUUUUGGAGCUAUAUCACCAGCUCCAACCCCUGACUCUCGCAGGCGCUCCAGGUCUAUGAGAUCUCGUUCCAAUUCGGCUCUGGGCGCGCCGACGGUGAUGGCAGGCAUUAUCGCUGGUAGUGUGGCUGCUGGCUGGUCUCCCAUCGAGAAAAACGACAGCCGUGAUUUUUCACAGAAUCCUCGGCCCUCCCCUUCCCCUUCUCCUCUCUCACAACGAGAGGGUGCUGGGUCCGAAAUGACGCCUGUGUUGACAGAAGAGCCGAUGGAAAUGGACGAGUCGGAUGCGCCCGGUGAUGUACCCCAACUACGUGUGCCUCAACCGCCCGCGCAAAAGCCGAAGUCUGUUACUUAG